UGAUAUAACGGUUUUGUUUUCGCCAUUUUUGCCGCUUGAACUGCUUUUGCGCUGCAUGAUCAAAGUCGUCUGCUUUCUAAUACGUUGUGCGCGGUGAAUGCAGCAACUUUCAACGAACAAUAUGUGAGGAAGACUUACAGAUUUCACGAUGUGCAUUGCCAGGGCGUAGCGUUUGAAAUUGAGUAGCAAUGGGUUUGCACACCGCUGGCCCCAGGCCCGUUGGGUACGCGCCCCGUGCUACUGGCCCAGUGCAAGCGGUGUGCCUCACGACAGGGAAAUGUGUUUAUCGCAGCGCAUGCACGUUGGGUUGCGUGUUUGGUUCGGUCGGUGGUGUACUGGAGGUGAAAGAUUGCGAUGCACCGUGCUGAUGUGUUGAUAUGGACUCCACGGAUAACACGGAGAAUACAGCAGAUGAUACAGUCUCAACUCUCCAAGCUGCUACACCUGACAUCAUCGAGGAUACGUCACGAUCCUCACAAGAACAAAGCUUUGCAGCAGCGGAUUCCAACAGCAGCACUCCCACGAAAUCUUUUGUUCCCUGUAAGGUGUGCGGGGACAAGGCGUCGGGAUACCACUACGGCGUCACUUCCUGCGAAGGAUGCAAAGGCUUCUUUCGCCGAAGCAUCCAGAAGCAGAUCGAGUACCGGUGUUUGCGUGAUGGCAAGUGCCUGGUUAUCCGUCUGAACCGGAACCGUUGCCAGUACUGCCGAUUCAAGAAAUGCCUGGCAGUUGGCAUGUCUAGAGAUUCUGUUCGUUACGGGCGGGUGCCGAAGCGUUCGCGUGAGCGCAGUGGGUCUUUGGCAGACGAUUGCGGAGGCAGCGUGGUGUCGGGCGGCGGCGGAGAAGUGAGUCCAUCCGAGGCGGAGCAGUGUGCUCGUGACCUGGAAAGCCAGCAGCUGGCCAUGUACGAUAUCAUCCUCACCAUCUCACAGGCGCAUCACGCGCACUGUGCCUACACCGAGGAGAAGACACGAGGCAUAGUGCGGAAGCCGGCCAUCUUUAGCCUCGAAGAAGUAGGCAGCAAUAACAGCAGCGAUGGAAGUGGCAACGGAGUGUCUUCUCCUGAUAGUCCUGAGCAGAGCAAGAUGGGAUUGUGGCAACAGUUUGCUGCUCUUGUCACUCCCUCAGUGCAACGGGUUGUGGAAUUUGCAAAGCGUGUGCCCGGGUUUCUGGACCUCGUUCAGGAUGACCAGCUCAUUCUCAUCAAGGCGGGCUUCUUUGAGGUAUGGCUGGUGCAUGUGUCACGGGGCGUUGGCAUGGGGCCACCGCAGGACACGCUGACCUUCAGUGACGGGACCUACCUCAUUCGGCAGCAGUUGGAGCUUAUGUUUGACCACGAGUUUGUUUCUGCCAUGUUCAACUUCUUUGUGGCCUUCAGCAACCUUCAGCUCAACGAUACGGAAAUCGGUCUCUUCUCUGCCGUAGUUCUACUCACAAACGAGCGGAACGGCCUGUAUGACACCAAAACAAUAGAAGCAAACCAGAGCCGCCUUUGUGAAGCUUUGCGCCUGCAGGCUGGGCGCAACCAUCCAGGGGACCCUGGGCUUGCAAGCCGAGCCCUAGCACUUCUAGGACCCCUGCGGGCAGUGGGAAGCACCCAUGCGCGCCACCUGGCUUGGUUUCGUGCCCACUGGCAGUCCUUGCGCCUGCCCCCUCUCUUUGCCGAGAUCUUCGACAUCCCGUCUCCAACAGGGAUAACGUUGCCUGAAGAUCCACCUCCUGCCACGCCGUCAUGAAGUGGAGGCAAAAUACUGGGCAUGUGCAUUGGAGUCAAGUUCAUUUGGUUUGAAGUACCAUCACUGUGUUGCAUUGUGUGUGCGUGCAUUGCGGUGACUGAAAAAUGGGACUGUCGUCGUCAUGCAUACAAUUAGUGGAAGAAUCUCUGAUUUGGAACUUUCCUCAGCUUCAGUAAUUUAUUUCAUCUCAAGAGGUUGACUCGUUCAGUGGACCAAUGGUUUGCUUCCACAGCAUUGUGCUAGCUCUGGUGAACUUGUUUGAUCGUAAACCGGCAACAUUGGUCACGUGGGAGCGCCAACGAGACAUCUUCUUUCGGAGGUGGUAUCGGAUAUGGUUCCUCCUAGGAACACCCAUCCAGGCCUUUUCAUGUUUCUUUAAACCUUCCACACCUCUGGGAUACUUGGUUUUCUUCAUCAGUGGUGACAUUGACACAGAGUAUAUCAUAGCUUACAUUGUUUUGGUUGUAUGGUUUUCUGGAGCAGUGAGUAUCUAGGCCUUCUCUGAGAGCAGUGUUCCUGAAUCGCGGGUGGAUUUUCUUAAGAAAGUGGACACACAGACAUCCUUAACAUGGUUGCGACCAUGGGGCUAUGAGAACUGCAUUGAAAGUUCACAAGCAGCUUUAACUAACGUUAUUAAAUCGUUAAUGCAAACGUUAUCGUACCAAACAACCAAAUACCGGUACCGGUACCAAAUAACGUUAACGUUAUCUGGUUCCAGCAUUCGUGAAAUGUAUCAUGAGCUCCUUAAAGGGGUAGUGAAGCAUUCGACUGUACUGAAGGGCGUAACUAUAAUGGAAAGUACACAAAGCAUUCUCCACGAAACGGAACGAGGUGUUCCAUUGUAUAUAAAGUGUCACAGUGAAGGACACUCCGGCGGACUUGGUACGCUGGGUGGAUCACUGCAGCAUCUAUGUGAUAUGUACGAGCAGUUAAACGAGUUAAAAACGAGUUUAAAAGUUAAACGAGAAGGGCACGAGAAUGCGUGCCCUUCACGUGGCCACCACCAGCUCCGUCCUGCGUGCUUUGACGCGACCUCCGUAGGGGUCGAGAAGAACGUCUUGACGGGAGUGGUCGCCACCAAAGCGACAACCUUGCUGCGGAAAUUUUGUCGGAAAUUUUGUCGGAAAUUGUGUCAUUUUUGCGGAAACAUGUCUUAGCUAAGGGUCAUUCAACAGCUUUGAAUUUAUUUUGAUUUUAGUUUUUUUUUUUUUCUGUGUGUUCUUUUACACUUCCUUAAGACAUGUGCUUUUCAGGUAUUUUUUUUUUUUUUUUCAAAGCACAGUUUUUGAUAUUCAGAAACCUGAUGUCCCCUGCCAUGCACUAUAAUGUUGACUGCCUUGGCAAGCCCCUUUCAGGCUGAAGGUGUCUGGGCAACACUGCUCUAGAGGUUUAUUCCCUGUGAAUGUACAUUUCUGUUUGUUCCCAUGAGGUUUUGCUCUAGUUGUGACGGUUUAUGAGCACCAGGUGUGAAUGUUCUCCCGUGUUUGCGUCCUUAAAUAGAAUAUUUCAGUGUUGAACUUUCCUUUUUUUUUUACUGGUGGAAAGGGCUUAUAUUUAUUGAACGACACUUCUUCACUAGUGGCAGCAUUUGACUUGUCGUAGGCAAAAUGUUGCUAUAGUUACCUUCUCAUCUUCAUUGCAUAAUGCUCUUUCUGUGCAAUCCUUCAUCCUCCGAAUUUCAUUACGAGGGGCUGAUCUGUUUCCGAAACGAGAUGCCUCAGCCUAAACGCGAGAGGUUAUUUAACGUCGCAUUUUAGAAAAAACCCCGACUAGCAGGCUGAAAAGUUGUCAUUGCCUGAUGAGCCAAAGUUUUUGUUGACCCGAGUGAACCACCAUCACACCAGUGGUAGAAGUUUUCAAUUUUUUUUUUGCAUCGAUGCUUCGCAGAGUUCUCGUAAAUUUUAAGCACAGUGCAGCAUCACCAGUUGUGUAGAAGCCAUUGUAGCAGGUGAAUUUCUUCCAGAUAAGACUCUCCACAUAGGACAGUAAAACAUGUCCGAGAUGCCCCACGCACAGUGACGAAAACACGAGUUUGUUUGCCUUGCGUUUCGAUGGGUGGAAAUUUAAAAAUGUUCAGAAUGCAUUUUUUUUAAGUAGUAGGUCUCCUAUGCAGAACAUGUCGCCACGGCUUCUGUUUUUCAUCCAGUCGUUAUUGGGACAGCCAUCUUGGUGGUGUACGAAGCCGUUUUUCGUGCACUUGUCGGAAUGCUGUAUUGUAACUGUAGAUUUUUGCAUUUUUGUACUCUGAACGAAGAAACAGGUGGUCUACGGUGACAUUCCAGAUGCAAUUUUACUUGACGCGUUUUAAGAAAACAACUUACGUGGCCUUACCAGAUCGUAUUCGUUUGGGUUCGUACGAAGGCCCUUGCUGCCUUCAUAAUAACAUUUACAAAAGCCCAAGCCAUGCGAGUGAUGGUGAGAGAGGAGUAAGAAGGUGGUUGCAGUUUCUGUAAUGUUCCAAAUUCUUGUACCGUUUCUUUCCAGUGAAUUUCCUCUACGACAGCUUCGUUCACCGUGACAAUAUUUUGUCUGGCAACAGAGGAAGCUCAGUCUAAAUUCUGCAGUUUGUUACCCUUUCUGCACAGUUGCUGGCCUUAGUUGGACUUCGUUGCAUGCUUAGUUGAAUCUUUGUGAAUGCCUAUUUGCUGCCGGCCAUUCAUGAGCAGUGGCAUAGCCCGACCUCCAGAGUAGGGGGAGAUCGAUGCAACCCCCCCCCCCCCC